GGCCAGCACUCUUCCAGAAAGACCAAGGGAGCUCUCAACCCUCCUCCUCCAUUGUUGAAGGGAGUUCAUCAAGGAAGAAUCCCAAGGAAAAGAGCUAAGGUGCUAAAAGUGUGGAAGGAUUAAGGAACUUGAUUUAGAGUAUCUUUGAGCUUCACCGGAGUUUCGCCGGAGUUGGUCAAAGUUGGCCGGAGUUGGUCAAAGUUCACCGGAAUUAGUCAAAGUUCAACCGCGGAGCGUAGAACACGCUUAAGCUCACUUAAGUUUCAGGUAGGGAGUAGAGCUUGCUACUACCGCUCGUUGCUUCGGGGAAUUCAAGGAGGAAGGCGGGAAAUGGAACGUACCGGUAGAAUUACUCGACGGAACCCGACUGGCCAGGCACUGGGAGGAUCCCAACGUGGCAGUCGGGGGGGAUCAAGAGAGUCUAGGGGACAGGGCCGUGCAGGCCACUCGCUGACCGUGAGUGACGGUCACGUGGAAACAAUAGAUGAACACUAUGAGUCCGAGGAGGAUUCAACUUACCAACCGGGAACUGAGCCGGUUGAGACCCCAUAUGAUGGGGAACACGACGAUGCUAGUGAUGAGAGUGAUGAUAAUAACGCUCUUGAACGGAUUGAGGAAUUGCUCCGGCAAUACCAACAAGAUCGCCAAAGGCGCCGGGCAAGGCGUGCUUUGGAAGGGGCUUCGAGGAGAGGAAGCCGCGCGACUCCUAGGGAGAGCAUUGAACUCCGAGGAGGUCGAGGUGCUGAGGUUCCUAUCAUAAGAAUCUCAAAGUACCUAAAGGAGGCGAGAGACUUGGGAUGUAAACCGUUUGAUGGAACGGGAGACAUCUCCGUGGCGGCCGAGUGGAUCAAGAGAUUCAAUGAAGCGGCCCUUGACAUGCAACUGCCACCCCACAUGAAGAUGAGAGUGGCAACAAGAUUGCUAGAAGGCAUGGCGUCCACGUGGUGGGACGGAGUCAAAGGGAAGUACGGCGAGGCCGUCACUUGGGAGAACUUUAGGCAAGAAUUCUUUAGCCAAUACUACUCCGACUUCGAGGUGAACUUGAAGAGGAGGGAGUACACGAAUUUGACCCAAGGAGGGGAAUGCACGGUGAAGGAACUUGAGCACAAGUUCAGGAAACUUGCUGAGUUCAUACCGGA